UAAAAAAACAAUAAAAAAUGGCUACAAUUUUUGAUAUCUUAUUAAAUCAACAUUUAAAUAAUAAUAAUAAUAAUAAUAAAUACCAUUGCACUAAAUCAUCACCACAAACAACACAGGACCAACAACAACAACAACAAGAAACAAAAGUAGAAAGAAUUGAUUUCUUACCAGAGUUAGAUGUUGUCGAAACCAAAGAGUCAUUAAUUAUUGAAACUGAAUUGGCAGGUGUAAGCAAGGAUGAUAUUCAAAUAGAAAUUAAAGAUUCAAAAUUAUAUAUUCAAGGUGAAAAGAAAAGAUCAACACACAAAGAUGAUAAAUCAAAUUUAACCUCUGUCCAAACUGUAAAUACAACUAAAGAUAAUGAACCAUCAAUUGAGGAAUAUGAAGAUACCGCCACUACAUUACAAUCAUCAGAUAAACAAACCAAAUCGGAAUUAAAGGAUGCUAAAGAAUCAAAGAAACAAGUUAAAAAGUAUAUAUCUGAAAGAUCAUAUGGCUACUUCAAAAGAUAUUUAGACUUAACUAGAGUAUUAUAUACAUUAGAUUUAUCAACUAUCAAAACACAAUACAACAAUGGUCUUUUAACAAUAACCAUCAAUAAAAAACAAGACUACUCAAAUACAAUUAAAAUUCACUUAUAAUAAUAUUAAACUAAAUAAAAAUGUAAAAAUAUU